CCCGGCCCCGUCCGCCGCAUCCGCCAGACCGUCAACCGCGGCGGCGGUGGCUUCGGCGCGGGUCCGGGGCCCGGCGGUCUGCAAAGCGGCCAGACCAUUGCGCUGCCGGCGCAGGGCCUCAUCGAGUUCCGCGACGCGCUCGCCAAGCUCAUCGACGACUACGGAGGCGAGGACGACGAGUUGGCCUGCGGCCCAGGAGGCGGCGCAGGAGGCUCUGGGGGGGGCCUGUACGGGGAGCUCCCAGAGGGCACCUCUAUUACGGUGGACUCCAAACGCUUCUUUUUCGACGUGGGCUGCAACAAGUACGGGGUGUUCCUAAGAGUGAGCGAGGUGAAGCCGUCCUACCGCAAUGCCAUCACCGUUCCCUUUAAGGCCUGGGGCAAGUUCGGAGGCGCCUUUUGCCGGUAUGCUGAUGAGAUGAAAGAAAUCCAGGAGCGACAGAGAGAUAAGCUUUAUGAGCGCCGUGGUGGGGGCAGUGGCGGUGGCGAUGAGUCUGAGGGUGAGGAGGUGGAUGAGGACUGAACCGGUAGCUUCUCCUGCAGGCCUCCCCCACUCCACCACCAUCCCCUUGGCUAGAGAUUUCCCCUUCCUGCUCAUCCUUAGUGAGCUAGUGGAGAGGGAGCAAGGGAGGCCCCAGAGGAAGAAAACAAAAUAAAAAUAAUAGUUACAAGAAAUAACCAUAAGAAAACAGUCAAGGACAAUUAGAGAAAAGCAGUAAAGUUCCAAGGAACUGACAGCAACCUGCAAAGAGAGGACAACAGCGUCUCCUCAUCUGCACAAAAUAGUCUCAGCUUCUGUUGUUUCCCAACUGAGAUACCUAAACCCAUCUGGAUAACCCUGGAGGGGAUAGAUUCUUGCAUAUCUGGGCCAAGAAACAGCCAAGUUACUCGCCCAGGCCCAUUGAAUUCAUGUUAUACCUGGGUAUUCUGGUCUCAAGAUCUCUCUGGCCCUCGCUAUUGCAGUGUCUUAUUCCUUCGCCUUCAUUGAAAUCAUUUUGGAUUUAGAUCUUCAUGGAUCUUUUGAGAACAGAGAGUCCUUUGCAGUUACCCAGUUCUGAGGGUACAGGUUCAUGAAAAGAAAGACAACUUUAACGAUCAUGGACAGGGCAGAGUAAGAGAAGCCUUUGGAGAAUACAGAAACAAAUUGGAUCCUUUUUUUUCCUUUCUUUUUUUUUAAUAAUGGUCUUGCGUGGAACCUGGACCAAGGCCCAUGUCUUGUCUUUGCAGCAUUGUUUUCCCGGAUGCAAAUGGAUUCAGAUAUCAGUGCUUGAACUAGAAUCCAUUACCAAAAUAAUUUCAAACUUGGCAAAAAAAGGUUUUUCUCAAAAAAAAAUAAAAAGCAGUUUUACAUUGGGGAUUGCUGAGGUAGGCACAAGAAGUCAGGCAUAAAGCACAAGGCAAACUUUGAGUGGAUUGGUUGCUGCUCACUAAAGUUCUUCCCCUGAUCUCUAGGUGUGGAGGUCAUUACCAAGAAAUGGCUUAGGUAUGAAUGAGAGCCAGAUCCCUAUGGCUCCACAGUGUGAGCCAGAGAAUGAAUUAUGGCUAAUUUGGCUGUUACAGCCACUGGUUGGCUGGAUUUUAAACUGUAAAACUUGAAGAUUACCUACAAGAGAAACAGUGUGGCUGCAAGCCUGAGCUUUAAUGGAAAAUUCGUCCUCAUGGGAAAGUUGGAAAUAACCAAAACUGAAGUCUUAACUUACCUUCAGUUUAAUCUGUGGAUUUGUUCAAAUACUAAAGAUCCUCAGGUCCAGAAUUCCAGCAUCAUUUAUUCUUUUAAAAUAAAUUUUUAAGAACUCGAUCCAUUGUAUCAGUACCUCACAAUCAAAGUUGGCAAAUGAUGGAUGAGUGAUUCAAGCAGUGCACCCGGUGGAAGCUGAAAUCCAUCUGUGAAUGGAACUGAAGUGAACAUGAAUAUGCUGACUAUAUCCUGGAAGCAUUUUUAUACCAUCUUGAAAUUUCAACAAACUGGCUUUUGCCAGUUUAUCCAGCUGUCUUUCAAGAAUAAAAGUUGGGGUUUUCAAGGAUCGCCUCUUCUAUAUUUUAAAUGGAUUUCAGUAGAAAUGAUUUUUACUAAUCAAGUUAAUCCCACCCCAUCAAAAGGUAUUCCUAGAAAUGUCAUAGACCUAGGUAACUUUGAAUUGAAUGGGAGCUAAUGUUCUUUCCAAAGCUUUCAGGUAUUUGUGUGACACCUUCUCAACUAGGAGGCAAGUAACCCCACCUCCAAAAUCUUAGUAUUUUUUUUUAACUGCAUGCCUGCCCUUUAUUUGAGCUGCCUUUUUAAUUUAUUGCAUAUCCUUUUUAUUAUCUUAUUUUGGUAUUAUUCAAUCUAUACAAUCUUUUUGUAUUUAUUGGGAAAUAAGUAAUAUACAAAAAGGUCGUUUUCAUGUAUUUGUGGCUGAGAGGGAGGGAAAUAAUUGUGUACAUAAAACAAGGCUUUUUUUAAAAAAAUAGACUAUAAUUCAGAAUAUUGUUGAUCAUAGAUUUAAAAAAAAAAAAAGAUGUAAGAGCCACAAGCAUUGGUGCCCUUUUCAGACUAUUUCUCUACUCAUCAUCCACAGUAGACUUUUUAAACAGAUUUUUUUAAAGCUUUUCUUUUAAAUUUUUCUCCGUUGCAAAGAAUGUUUCCUAAAUUGUAUGGGAGCAAUAGUAUUUUUGAUGUUUUAAUGACAUCCGUAUACUUGUACUGUAUUUUGUACUACAAGGCAGCUGUUUUCAAUGUUGUCCUGCUGUAUUUACCUAUGUGUUUUGAGUGUUUAUUUCUUUGCUGCGGAGAACAAAUUCCUAAAUAGUUUAGUAAAGGAACUGAGAAGCUAGCAUUAGGUUUGCAGAAACUGUUUAAGUUUCAUACUCUGAGGCAGCAAUGAAAAUUAAGGUUGCAGCUAUUAGCUGAUUGCUGUAACUUUUUCAUUUUCAAACCAUGUACAAUUCCUGUAUAGACCAACUUGUUUUCUUGCUUCAGUGGUAGUUCUGUUGCUCAGCUGCAGUGAGCCAGUUCAAUUUUGCAAAGGUGCAGUACCUCUCCUUUUCAAGGGGUUGGUUUAUUCUUUUUCCUUUUCUUUUGUUUGGCUGAAUUGCAGUAACUAGCCUUGCCUUUCUAUUCUGUAGAAACGACAGGGUCUUCACAAUCCUCCACCAGUGGCUACUAAGCUAUAAUUAGCUGAAUAGAAAGAAUGUGGAAGUGGUCUGAGGCAUAUAGAGUAUAUGCCAAGAACACUACCAUAUAUGGCAUCAGCUUUGGUUACCAGAGAAAUUUUUCUUAGUCAUUAGACCAUAUAACAGUAAUAUAUCAUAUGUAAAUCUUUAGAUAUCAAUUUGAGAAUCCUCCAAAAAAAGGAGCAAAGAAUGCAUAAGCUAUGUGUUGGCAAAAGUAAUUUAUAUUAAAAUUUUGACCUGCCUAUGUAAGAUUAAGUGGUAAAUGUCAUAGUGGUGGGUUUUUAAGUCUUAACCAAUCUCUAAGGUUUGUUUCUCCUGCAGGGGGUGUUCAUGGCCUCUCUUCCCCAUUGCAGAAAGAUUGCAGAAGGAUGUGGAUUAAUUGUAGCAUUUCACUGAUCCUUAUUUCUCGUCACUAGGGACAAUAGAAAUCUACAAAGUGCAGAGAUUUGUUCAUAAAUGUUAACUAAUUUUUAAAAAAUGGUCUUUGUUAAUUUCGAUCAUAUACUGGCAUUGUAGAGACUGGGAAACAACCGAUUUUUUAGUUUUGUUUUUCAAAACUACUAUGAACUAUUUAAAACUUGUUUAAGUUUGGCAAACAUCCCAGUUAAUCAAAAUAGUCAUAUUUCUGAGAAUUAGGGAACUAAAAUUGCUUUUCAUAUAAUUGGCAGAAGAUCUGCUUCUCAAACUAAUGUAGUUAUAGAGUUGAGAAAGUAAAUUUUACAAACAUUCAAAACAGCAAACAUCUCUAGAGAACCUGCCACUACUUUCUGGUUUCUAUUGUCCCUACCUGUCAUUUCAGCAAGUUUGGCAGUUUCUAGUCAGCAAAUUUUUCAGUGCAUAUGCUUCACAAAACAACGUAGAAAUCUGUGUGGCGCCAAAAAAUCAAAGUGAAAACCAAACCAAAAACCCAAACACCCUAUGUAACUGUCGGAGGCAUGUAGGUGGUAUAAAUGACUGUAACUGUGAUACACAUACACAGCUACUUGUCGUGUCACUUUCCAUAAUUAUUUACUGCAAAAUGAUUGAGAGGGUUUUGGUGCAGGCAGCCAUUAACCUCCUGCUUCCUUUGUUACCUCUGGAUCACUUUGCAGUAAAUUGCAGGUCUUUUAAGAGAUUCAAGCUUCAGUUUUUUCAAAACAAAACAAUUAUCCUGUCUUAUCUGAAAAUGCAGGGUUGUGGGCAAAAGAGGCUGGUUAUAAUAAUGCCCUCAUAUUGAGUGGUCUGUAAACGGCUACACACUUCUGGCACUAUAGUUUCUGAGAAUGCUUUGUCAAAUAUGACCUUGACUGGAUUUAUAGGGGUGUAGAAUGUAAUCUACACAAAGUGACUGUUUGCAUCUACCUUGCUCUUGAGGUAGAUGAAAUUAAGAAGAAGCUGGAGUGUGUAAGCCAUGCACAUAAGUAUUCUUCACUGUAAAUUUUGUUUUCAUUUCUAACCCAAUUAUGGUACUUUGUCCAAUGCACAACUGAUCUCUCAGUAGAUAUUCAUUUGAAAAUAGUGUGGCCUUGAUCAGUGAGAAGGGGAAAGAGAGAAGUGACUUUGCUUAUGUAAAAGUGACUCCUUUGCUGAGAGUUGUUCUGCAGCACUCUUGGCUUAAUGUUUGUGAUGGGUCUCUUUUUGAUUGGGAAAAGUUAAUGUUUUGACCCUAGAGUUAAUUCAAUUGAGUUGUCUUCUAUUGUUAGGAAGUGUCAGAAUUGCUCUGAUGAAUAACAAAGUUGACUGCUUUGAUGUCCAAUCUCAGGUUUUAGAAUAUAGUGGUAUAAAAUCCCACUAUUAUUAAUUCUUAAAAUAAUUUUAAUUACUACCCUAAAAGUCACAUGCAUAAGGCCUGUUCUGAGAGCAGAGCCUUCAUCUUUUUGCUCCUUUUCCACUUUGUACUUCACUUGAAAAAUAGUCAAGUGAUUUUACAUUGUAUAUUCCCAUUUUAACCCUGACAUAUUUCUCAAAGAUAAAGCACUUUUUGAUCAUGAAAUACACGGAAUCUUUGUGUGAUGUGGAUCAUCGUUUCUCAGGCUCCCCUAGAUAAUCUGCUUAUGAAUAUUGUUCUAAUUCUGUGUAAGAAGAGUAGAAAUCUUUGCUAAUGUUAGGAAGUUUGUAUUACUGAUCCAGAAUGCAUUUUGCUAGUUUCCAAUGGAUGGGAGAGUAAACAAUGCUGCAUUCACAAUUUUAAUAAAUUACUUUCCCUUGAGCCUUAAGGUAACUUUUCUUUUCUGAAAACAACGGCACUGAAGUUAUAGUAAAUGAAUGAGAUUAUCAGUUUUCAGGGUUGGUUUUAGAGUACUGUAAAUUAAUUAGCUGUCUUCCUAAAGAGUUAAAUUCCCAUUCAGUAUACUGGAUAAUGGGUAUGUGGGUGGGUCUGGGGAGGGGGGAGAUAGUUUGUAGAAAAGAAAAAAGAAAAAAAGAACCACAUUUACCUUAAGAAAAUAUAAACUAAAAGAAACAAAUUUCAAACAGGGCACAUCACAUGUCCCUUUUGAAAUUCUAGAUGGAAGGUGGAAGUGGCAAAUUAUAACUUAAUUUCCUGUUUUUAACUUAGAAAAACAAGUCAUUAAUUUCAAACGUUGGUCCCUAGAAGUUUCAAGAGAUAGCUGGACUCUUAAAUGGUGAGUUCUAUUGUAUAUCUAACUUUACUAUUUAAAGUCACUUUUCCUAGCCCUCAGUCUUAAAAACUAGUUUUACUACUGAUGGAGUUAACAGACCCUUACUUGAACAAAUGUGAUCUAGUUGUUAGUACUGAAAAUUAAAUUUGGAAAAUGAAAAAAAUACUGCCUCAUGAAAACAUUACCCUAGUGAUUCCUAACUUAUAACCUGUACCCUGACCAAGUAAGGCCUUUUUGAAUGUAUUUUGUAUUUCCUAAUGAAAUAGGGAAUAUGCUAUCAAUAUAAUCACUUCUGUUCAGACACUUUCAUUUGAAAAUCUAACUCAUGCCUCUUGAAUUAGACAUUCCAGUUGGAGGAAGGUAGAACUUGUUGAAACAACAGUGGUAGUUUCACUACCCAGUAGGACUUCUAAUAACAGGAAAGUUUUAUUUCAUAAGUUAAAACUAUAUCAUUUUUUCCCAUAGUUGAUUCCAACAGUUUGAUAAAGGAGUAUAACUAUACUUUUAAUUAACAUGAGAUUUUAAGUCUAGGAGAGUAUUUUUUCCCCUGUGUUACAUGUAAUGCCAUGGACAUGUACAAGACGGGGCUGAUUUUAUCUUUUUAGUACCAUGAAAUGUGGGCCCAUAGUAUUGGGAAUAAAGCAAUAGACUUAUUUAUUGUCCACUAGGAUGUUGCAGAAGGCAUGAGUUUGUCUUUUUUUUCCCCUUAGUUUCAAUAACACGAACAGCUAACUCAAGAAAAUUGAUUUGGACUAUACCAUUUCUGAAAAGCAAAGUAUUUCAUCCCCAAUCUUACCCCAGCAAGAUCAAGCUGGUUAGGAAAAUAUAUAUAUUUGGAGAUAAAAUGGCAAGUGAUACAUUACUCCCUCCCCUCUUAUGGCUAGAGGGCACAUAUGUUCACCAGAAAGUGAGAAAGCACCAUCCCUUGGGAGAUGGCUGUGUUGUAACCCCUCCUCCUCCAUUUCUUUCAGGAUUUUGGGGGCGCACACACAUGCACUGGGAGUGUUUCUAAAGCUGCCAAAUCUAAGACUUGAAUCACAUAAACUGUCAUGUAGGAUCCAGCCGCCUUAACCACCAGGCCACUGGCUGGCCCUAUUUCUUUCCUUUUUAAAUUCCCUUUUCAAAUUACAGGGUGAACCCCAGUAAAUUUGAAGAACAGCAUUAUAGAUCAUAUCAACAAACACAUUUGUGUUGUAGAAAGUUCAUUUUAAACUGAUGUAAUAUGAGACAUAAACCCUUUUCUCCCAGCUCAUAUGUCACCCCUGUAUACAAAAGCUCUCUGGAUUCCUAUAAAUCAAUAGAUAGGGCAAAAAGUCUAGAAACUUGACUUUAAAUCAGUACGGGACAUACUUGUAAAGAGUCCGUGGUUUUGCAUGAUGUUGUAGCAAGCAAGUAUAUUUGAGUUAUUUUUCAGUGACAUCAAGAUUUGAGUAGUAACUAAGAUCAUCAACACAUUUGGACUUUUCUGAAGUUAGAGAACAGUUCUAUUAGUGAGAAUUCCUUUUGGACCUUCGUGCAGAUAUUUUUCCAGGAUCAUUUUUUGAAAAUCUGUUCGUCUUCCAAUAUGUUUCCAUAUAACACACUUUCCAUCCUCUAGGAAUCUUCACUGCCAAUCAUAUCUACCAGUGGCUUCCUUAGACUAGAUUCUUCACUCCAAAGCUGGGACUGAUGUCCUGCCAGUAGAGAAUCUAUAGAAGUAAUUUGAAUGAAUUAAAACCAAAUCUUGUUACAGGAAACAACUUCCUGAUGUAGAUGUAUAAUUCCUGAUGUAGAUGUACAAUUAGAGAUUAGGUUGGAAAUUUAAAGGGUUUUUUUGGGGAUGUCUUUGAUCUCUGUAAAUACCCACAUGCUUAUGCAUUGUAAACCAAGUGUGUAUUCCUAUGUAUGAAUUUGUAGUACUGAUUUCUGCUUCAAGAGAAGCUGCACCUUUAAUUUUAUAAGAUCCCCUCCACCUGUAACCCUAUAAAUGUUUGUAAAUAGAACACUAAAAUUCAUAGUGAUAGGAUCAAUUUGGGAAUAUCUGCUGAGAGACCAAAAAGUUCAUUUUUUUAAGUACCUUGGUUAAAGAGUAAAGAUUAUUCCUCUUGCUUAUUUUUUAAAAGAAGAAUGCACUUUAACAAACAUAGAGCUGCAUGGGCAAUUCAAACAAAUCCGAAGUGCAGUAUCCAUUCAGAAAUCACACUUCCUGAAAACCGUUCAAAGCAGAAUCCAGACGGGUUGUUGAUCUCACUGCCUGUAGGUUGAAGCUCAGAUUCUGAUCAAUUUUGAGACGAGCAGGGCUGCUUCAAAAGAGCAAUGUGAAUACAGCCAGAAGCUUCAGACAGGUCUGUAAAAUGGCGGGUCCCGUAUUUACCACUAACUAGCAAAACUGACAGAAAAACUCAUAGAGAAAAAUGUUUAAGAAUCUCCUGCUGGUGUGCACUCCUUACAAUAGCAGACUUUUGCAAAUGGAGUUUUACAGUCUAUAUUUAAAAAAUUGUAUGUUUGUAACAAAUAAAGUAUGCAGAAAAGUGAAUGACAA